AUGGACAUUGUAGAGCAAGCUAACGCUGAGCGUCAAAGGAAAUGGCUGAAGGACCGCAAGGUUGGUGAAGGUGCCUACGCCGUCGUUUAUCAAGGCAGGGAAGCCUCGACAGGGCGUAAAGUCGCUAUCAAGAAGAUUAAAGUCGGCCAGUUCAAAGAUGGUCUCGACAUGUCUGCCAUCCGUGAAGUCAAGUUUCUUCGGGAAUUGAAGCACCAGAACGUCAUCGAGCUUCUCGACGUAUUCUCUUCGAAAAAGAAUCUCAACCUCGUCCUCGAAUUCUUGGACACAGACCUGGAGAUUAUCAUCAGAGACAGGUCGCUCGUCUUCCUCCCAGCCGACAUCAAAUCGUGGAUGGCCAUGACGUUCAGAGGGCUCGAGUUCUGCCACAGGAACUGGAUCUUGCACCGGGACUUGAAACCCAACAACUUGCUCAUCGCUUCAGAUGGUCAACUCAAGAUCGCCGAUUUCGGCCUGGCAAGGGACUUUGCAGACCCAGGGUACAAGAUGACAUGUCAGGUUAUCACUCGAUGGUAUCGUCCACCAGAACUCCUUUACGGUUGUCGGUACUACGGCACCGGCGUCGACAUCUGGUCCGUUGGAUGCAUCUUUGCAGAACUCAUGUUACGCAUUCCAUACCUCGCCGGGGAAAGUGAUAUGGACCAACUCAAGACAAUAUUCCGCGCGUUGGGUACACCCACUGAGGAAGAAUGGCCCGGCCACACCAAACUCCCGGAUUACGUCCCAGUCGGCCAAUUCCCUAAAACACCUCUCAGAGACUUGUUCACUGCAGCAAGUGCAGAUGCUUUAAACCUCCUAAGCAAAUGCUUGGUGUACGAACCUCGGAAACGAAUUUCAGCCCGCGAGGCUCUCAAUCAUCCCUACUUCUUCGCACUCCCUUAUCCCACUCACCCUUCGAAACUACCGAAACCAGCAAGCAAACACGCAACCCCACCCUUAGGGGAAGUCGACGGGAACGCGGCGGGUGGCAAGAAGAGGAAAGGGACGAAGAGGAAGCUAUCUUCUCCUUUGGAGGACGGUAAAGGCAGGUCGAUUGCUCGGAGAUUGGACUUUGGAAAGGCAGCACCUCCUACUUCCCCGUGA